UGCUACCUUUUAUUUGUCAAUCUGUUCUGUAUCUCAAUCAAGUUUGAGUUCCCAAUUCUGCCCUCUCUUUUCUCAACAGAUCCUGCAAAUUUGUCAUCCUACCAACCCUCUUCUAGUUUAUUGCAAACAGAACCACCCAAAGGCACUUUUUAGAGCCACGUCUUUUCUUGUUUACUUGUCCUUGAUGUGUUUUACCUGUUAGCCGUUGUCUCUCACUGUCACUGUGCUUAUCUUUGUGUUUGUCUUAUUUGUUCAUCUUUCUGUUGCCUGUCUAUCUGUCUGUGAGUCUUCAUCAUGAGCGAUUCAGAGCUUGAGGAUCUGCUCCAGAGUUCUGAUGACCUGGUUCAUAAGCUGGACUUGCAAGAGGUGGAUGACUUGGUGGGUGGGCUCCAGAAAGAGCAAGCUACUGCACCUCUGCCAAAGGUUAAGUGGAAGAAGAGGGAUAGCGAUGGCAACGUAAUCCGAGUACCACACUCAAGGCGGAGUCAGUCUAACCAGGCUAGCUGCAGUCAGAAGUCUAAUCCUCCUGUUGAUGUUCCUGACACUAGCUCUGAGGUGGUCUUUGCUCCAGAGGCUAUUGAGGGGUUUUUACAAGACCUCCAGCUGUCUUUGUGUGAUGCCACAGGAGAUGAGAUGGAAGCACCAACCCCAAGACCUCUUGUGGCUUCAUCCAACUGGAGCACCAGAAAAACGAUCUUUUCAGAAAGCUGGAGGGCAGCAAGACCACAGCUGGUUAACACUGCAGUUGCACGAGAAAAUGUGGAAGCCCACAUGUGCCAACAGUGUACGAGCAAUUCCGCUGUUGUCCGUUGCCGUGAUUGCCGUCCACGCCCCUUCUUCUGUGCCGACUGUGAUGUCAGCAUGCACACCAGACACCCCCUCCACAACAGAGAUGUCAGUACUGCGGGAUUCUUCCAGCCAUUGCCCCCAACAACGUAUGUGUUGAAUAGGGCCCUUAUCCCCUGUGUGCGUUAUGUACCUGUGGAGAUCCCUGAAAAAAUCUGUGGUUGUCCAACAGACUCAUUAAGGAUCAAACCAGGAAAAUCUGUGGCUGUGAUCACAAUGAAUGGACGACAUGAGCUCAGCAUGCCAGAGUUGGCUUGCAGUGCAUGCAAAGCCACUUGGACUGCUGGAGUUGAGGAAGUUCUUAGGUGUGACUACUGGCCAGCAACACUUCACUUUGCCACAAUCUAUGAAACGGAUGUUUUCUUCUCAUUUGAAGAAUUGAAAAUGGCUGCACCUGGACUGUCCUGUCAGGCAUUUUUAAAAAUGCUCGAUCAGCGAACUGUCCGCUUUGGGCGUGGAAAAUCUCAGGCGAUAGCUUCUUGAAAAGCUUCUUCGAGUGGGAGGCUGUGAGAUAUGAGGUGGACAGCCUCUGCAAGGAGGAGCCCUUCACCUGUCGAGCAUGCAGCCCGGAUAUGCUUGCGGUUUCUGUGGAUGGAAACCGCAAGCAUUACCGCUUCAAAAACGCAGCAAGAUCUGAGGAGCAGGCCAUUUUCAAUGACGUCUUCAUAGCAAAGGAUGAAGACGUCACACGAUUUGUCAACCAUGUUCACAGCACAACAAAACAUGUCUCCGGAAGAGGUGUUUGUGGCGGGGAAUGGUCGGCGGCUCGAGAGACGUCCCAAAAAUCAGCCAGCAAACUGGACGAGGAGGGACUGGAGCUGGCUGUUUGUCGUCAUGGAGUCCUCCUCUGUGCCCUCAACAUGUACAGGGGAGAAAUCUUUGCCUAUCCCCUUUUUCUCCAGGAAAAGCUGGCCAGUAGUAGUCCUACAUUCUUUUGCAUGGAUGUAGCCUGCAAGUACUGGCCAUACCUGCAGAAAAUCAUCAAAAGCUGCCCCGAGUUUCAACACCUGCUGGAAAUGAAGCCCUUCCUCUCGGUGUUUCAUGCAAAAGCCCAUGAUUUUAAAUGUGAAAUCAAAUGGAGUGGAGCAUUCCUGGAGGGGGCUGGGUUAACACUUGGGGAGGAGGUGGAACAAGUGAAUGCCUUCGUCUCUAGGAUAGCAGUUACGACAAAGCACAUGUCAAAAGCAGGGCGUAACGACAUGUUGACACUCAUGGCCAUGCGGUGGAAUGAGCAGAAGAUGAAGAACUUGGCCACCUACCUGUCCCGCAGAUAUUUAAAAACCACAAAAGCUCUCGACAUGAAGACAAUGGAAGUGGAGUCGAUGAAGGCCGAGUUGGCAGCGACCGAUGGGCAAUUCGAGGACUGGGUCAGGGAUGUGAAGGAUUGGGCAGAAACAACAACCAGCAGCACAACAGACGCUGCUGCUUCCUUGGCCAGGAAGAUAGAGACGCUGGUUGUGAGUGUAAAAAGACGCUCCCAGCGACUUUACAAAGAACAGGACUCAAACAAAGGUCGCGCAAGGACACGCCGGAAGAUCAGGGAGGAGAAAGGGAUCUUGACUGCUGCUGUUCAGCAGUACAACGGAAUGGUUCAGAGCACAGAAACUCUGUGCUUUGAAACCAUUCUGUCUGAAGAGACAGCUUGGCCAUGGCAGCUACCUGGCAAUGACUCUGUCGACCUCAGGACGAAGAGGAGAGUUUUUGACGGUGUCAUGGCGGAACGGAGACUAAGGGAAGAAAAAAAGAUCCUUUUGUUAGAGAUGAACCGCCACUGGAGGUCCUUAACACUUCGUGGGGAUUCCUUAAAAGAGCUGAUUUGUAGCACAACAAUGCCAGAUUCACAGUGGGCUUUGACUGUGGAAGGAAUGAAAGGUCUGCAGAGCAUCGCCAAACAGAAGCUGCAUCGUGUCCGGGAAAUGAUGGCUUUGGCGAGACAAUGCUACCUCAAAGUUUUGACUGGAGCGGAGAACGUCCUUCCAAUCUUUUCAGAUGUGUAUUCCGACAGUGACUCUGGCUCUGACCUUGAGGAUCUGGAGUGA